AGGCGGUUAUAUAAUAGGGAAUGUUCUACUACUGCUGCUGCCGCCAGCAGUUUGUGGUGAUCCUCGUCUGCCUGCUCUACAUCCUGCUCGUGCUCGCCUUCUUCGUCAACGUUUUUAUCGCGGAUCGCAACAUGCACGCGAAUCUUAUGAUGAGGAACGGACGGCACGGGGUUCACGGCGGAGGUGGAGGCGUCCCUCCGCCAGCAGGCAUGCAUCCGGGUCACCACAAUCCGUACGACAUGCAUGGCUACAACCACUACAGCAACUACCAUCCGCAAGUGGAUUCCAAGCAGCAGCAGGAGUUGGCCAAAAAGACGCCGCAGCAGCAGGCCGAGCAGGACAUUUACUACUAUUUCAAUCAUGUAUUCAGGCGGCGACGGCGAUGAUGGGGAGUCACACGGCCCAACCAACAGCCCAAAAUUUAAAUCUUUAGUGCAUUAACUUAUACUGCAUCCACUACAUAAAUAGAUAUAUAUAAACUAUAUAUAGCAAAGCAGCGGAUUAUGUAAAAAGAGAAGAGGGAAAUUAAUUAAUUAAUUUUAAAUUUAUUAGUAAUCCAACCAAGAACCAACAAUCCGAUAUCCAUCUUAUUAAAUAAACAAAGCCACAGCAGAGUUAUGAGAAAUCAGCCAGAGUGUCGAAUGUGUUUCAGCUAUGAAUCGGCUAAUAUAUGUCAGCGGAACAUAUAUCUGCACCGAUUCCAAUAAGAAAUCGAGCGACCAAGCUAACCCAGCCAAGUUUGCAUUUAUCUACAGCCCUUAAUAAAUCAAAUUUAUACAGAUAUUUAUUGAAAAAUAUACAAAACGUUAACCAACUAAUCGUACACUAUAGCUUACCAAUCAUAUACAAGUACGGAUAUCUAUAAACAAUUCGAUUAGCUAAAGUGCUUCAGCAUAACAUGUUGUGGAUAGCAAAAUCCCAAGGCAAAGGUUUUCUAAUUUAAUUAGAAGUUCUCAAAGUAAUUACUUACGGGGCAAUAGCGCUAACACAAAUUUCCCCCGAGUUUUCUUCGGCUUUUUGAAAGCUUUUCGCAUUAGCAAUCCACUCGGAUUCUGAUCGGGUCCUUAUCCCUACAAUUUUGUCAAUUUAUCUGUGUAAACGAGGAGGACAUGUAGGAUAUUGUUCUUGUUUUUGUGGGGGAAAUUCAUGUUUUUAAUAUAUAUAUAUAUUUUUGUUAAGAGAAUAAUAAUUACAUAUUGUUUGUUUCUAGUGUUAAA